UAGUUUUGAUUAUUAACUUCAUUCAUUCGAAAUAUCGAUUCGUUCGUAUAAAUUGAAAGUGAAUGUUAAGUUGCACGUACACAUUGUUGGUCUUGUUGUUCAAGAAAAAUAAAAAACCCCAUCUCCAGUGCAAAAUCUGUGGUAAAUAACUGUUAUAAUAUACAAAAUAAAUUAACAAGUUCGCAAUACUUUUUAUGGGGCAAAUACAGAAACAAGCUACUCAAAUUCAUCGAUAACUCGGUAACAAACACAAAUACGCAUCACAUCUACAACAUUACGCUACCGCACGCACACGAUUGCAUAAAUUUGCAAAACGAAAAAAAAACAUAAGAUAACGUAAUGUAAAUAACAAGCGAACGUUCCACACCGCAACACUUCUCUUGGCAGACACAUUGAUACAUACAUACCAUUUGGUUACGCAGUGGGCGAAACCGUAGCCAAUACACCCAAACGGCACGCACACACAUCACACUUCAGAAUUGAAAACAAAAACAAAAAGAAAAUAAACGUGAACCAGACACUUUACAUAUGUGCGCGCAUAAAUGAAUUUUCACAUGGAAUUAGAGUGCCAUUCGCAUCAAAAACAUUCACUAGUUCACUUGUGAUCUGUUCAAUUUUUCAUCGAUUUAAUGGAGUAAAAAAUUAAAAACAAAAACGCAUAUAACUUAAAUCCAGUUUUGAAAGAAAAAAAAACACAUUUAUUUGCCGAGCCCGUAAUUGUCGACGCCGUUGUUGUUUUCAAGUCACGCUAUCAGUAUAUUGAGGAUCAAAAUCGUUUCUACACACACAUUCGAUCAAAAAAUCUACACGCAGUGUUUUCGUAUUUGAAAAUUGUCUUGUGAUAUGUAUAAAUCGUUUUUUUUCGAGCGCGAUUAAUUUCAUAAUAAUUCAUUUAAAAAAAAUAUUUCAUUGUAGCUUUGUCAAAGCUGUAAACACAAUUGAGAUAUAUUCGAAGUGAUACUGCUGUUUAUUAGUGAAAUGUCAAGACUUUCAAUUAAUUUGUAAAGUCAGCUCUAUAAUUAAAUUAUUUUUAAAGAAAAAAAGGCAGGCUGUGUAAAUUAUUGCGUAGAGAGGGAGAGAAAAAAAGUUUUAAUUCCAUUUCCAGGAGUACAAAAUGGUUCUUUUAAUCAAAAGUGCACAGAAUUUGUUGCAGCGAUUGCCGCAAACAAGAUUAUAUUCAAAAAUCUUUUAUCCAAACUCGAAUAGCAGUGAAGUUUUUUUGAGCUAUUUAACCGAAGAUGAACACAAGGGCAUUGCUAUCAUUGGUUUGAAUAAGCCCGAGACGAGAAACGCCUUCAGCCGAUCAAUGGUGAAUAAUUUAGCGGGAGCUUUGGAUGUAUUGGCCCAUGACAAAAAUGUGCGAGCUGUCAUAAUCAGAAGUAUGUUGCCGAAUGUGUUUUGUGCGGGUGCCGAUUUAAAAGAGCGAGCUACAAUGACGACCCCACAAGAGGUACAUCGAUUUGUGUCAUCUCUUCGUGGCCUUCUGAAAAGUAUUGAACAAUUGCCUGUACCAGUUAUUAGUGCCGUUGAUGGUGCUGCAUUGGGUGGUGGCCUUGAAAUGGCGCUUGCCUGUGAUAUUCGCACUGUGUCAAACGAAGCGAAAUUAGGUUUAGUUGAAACAAAAUUAGCAAUUAUUCCCGGUGCUGGUGGUACGCAACGUUUGGCUCGAAUUAUUGGUCCAGCAAAAGCGAAGGAAUUAAUUUUUACUGCAAAAACUCUGAGCGGACUUGAAGCUACACAAUUGGGAAUGUGCAAUCAUGCCGUGGAACAAAAUGAGACAAAAGACGCUGCGUAUAAUAAAGCUAUUGAAAUUGCAACCGAAAUUCUGCCCAAUGGUCCGAUUGGUGUGCGCAUGGCAAAGAAAGCCAUUGAUCAUGGUAUGCAAGUUGACAUUCAUACGGGUUAUGCAAUCGAAGAAGCUUGCUAUGCCCAAGUCAUUCCAACCAGCGAUCGAUUAGAAGGACUUAAAGCCUUUGCUGAAAAACGAAAACCUAUAUACAAAGGCGAAUAACAUUUAAUUAUGUUUUUUGUUUCGUUUUUAACUAGCCAACAAAUCAAAAUAAUUUUAGUAAAUAAACACGCAUAAUUUUUUUUCGUUUCCUUCCUCAUAAUUAUUAUCGAAUACAUGGAUUUUAUUUUUGGUUCAUUC